AAAAGCAUUAAAAAAAUACUUAACUUAGAAAGCAGCUGUUUACGGUUUCCUAACAUGGAGCUAAAGUGGGCACUUCUUUUGGGUCUCUUUCUACCAUCAUGCAAUGGAUGUGCCAUUGGAUUUAAACGUUUAAAAAAUGAAUGUGUUGAUGAGGAUGAGUGUGCGUUUUUUCUGAGUGUGUGUGAUAAUCAUACUCAGUGUGUGAAUACAGAGGGAAGUUACUACUGCCACCGUGAUGAAGGAUUCAAAAAGAGCUUCCUGUGUGAAGAUAUAAACAAGUGUCCUGAUAAUGAAUUUUCUGGAUAUGGUGAUGCUACAUUUGAGACCUCAACUGCCAAAGAAAGGGAAUAUGAAGACAUCGAUGAGUGUAGAGAUGAUCCAGAUGUUUGCGGCACUAACGGCGACUGCUACAAUCAUACAAAUGGAUACAGCUGCAAAUGUCACCAGGGUUACAGUAACUAUGGCAACGACCAGUCAAAAUGCAUCGAAAUGGACUGUGAUCAAUUUAAACUUGAGUCUGAAGCAGACCACACACCUGAGAAGUUGAAGCAUUUGAUGUCACUGUUGAAGAACAGCUGUGAGUCUCUGAAUGAUCCACAUGGAGAACAUGUCACUGGAGAGGAGCUGCUGCGGAACGUGUGCAGUUCCUCUGACGAGCUGCUGUCUGAAGGAAACAUCGCUGACGGCGAGACGCUGAAUCAGUUUCUGGACGCGGUGGAGAACAGCAUGCGUCUGAUCGGACCUCAGCUGAAAGAGCCUGUGACCAGGAUGGAGACGCACAACACCUUCGCUGAGGUUGCAGUCACACGGAAUCAGACUCCGCCCAGUGGGCGUGUCACUCUGAGCACAGACUCCGCCCUCUUCAGCACCAGCUGGGAAACAGUUGUAGGGAAAUCAUAUCCAGGUUUUGCGUUUGCGGCUCUGGUCAGUUAUAAAGAUCUGAACUCAUCCAACGAUCUGCUCCACAAGAUGAGCAGAGAGAGAUCAGAUGAUGAAGAGAGAAGCGUCACUUAUCAACUCAACUCUAAAGUGGUGACGGCCGUCGUCAGUAAUGCAGAAACCAAGCAUCUGUCAGAGCCGGUGAUGCUCGUCUUUACACACGAGGAGGAGAGGGCGGAGUCUGAGGGCGUAGUUUACUCCUGUGUGUACUGGGAUGAGGUUGAGGGGGCGUGGUCUGGGCGGGGCUGUGAGGGGGCGUGGUCUAACAGCACUCAUACAGUGUGUUACUGGUCUCAUUUCAGUAGUUUCGCUGUGCUCAUGGCUCUCUAUCCUGUCCAGGACUCGUUUGAGUUGGUGCUGAUCACGCGUGUGGGUUUAGCUCUGUCUCUGGUCUGUUUGUUUCUCUGUAUCCUGACGUUCUGGUUCUGCCGCUCCAUCCAAGGAACCCGAACCAGCAUUCAUCUCCAUCUGAGCAUCUGUCUCUUCAUCGCAGACCUCGUCUUCCUCUGUGGGAUCUCUAGCACUCACAAUCAGGUAGCGUGUGGGAUUGUGGCCGGUCUGCUUCAUUUCUUCUUCUUGUCUGCGUUCUGCUGGAUGCUGCUGGAGGGGGUUCAGCUCUACCAGAUGGUUGUGCUGGUGUUUCACACCACAUUAAAGCAUCUCUACAUGUAUUUGGUGGGAUACGGAGUCCCUCUCGUCAUCGUCACCAUCUCUGCCAUCGCCUUCCCGACGGGAUACGGCACCGAGCGACACUGCUGGCUCUCUCGCGAUCGUUAUUUUAUCUUGAGUUUCUUCGCGCCCGUCUGCAUCAUUGUGAUCCUCAAUGGUUUUGUCUUCAUCAUCACCGUCUGGAAACUGGCCAGAAAGUUCUCCAGCCUCAAUCCAGACCUCUCCAAUCUCAACCAGAUCAGGAGCUUUACGGUGACCGCUGUGGCUCAGUUGUGUAUUCUUGGAGGAACGUGGAUCUUCGGCUUCUUCCUCUUCCAGGAGAAAGGGACUGAAGUUAUGUUGUACCUCUUCAUCAUCCUCAACAGCCUGCAGGGGGCGCUCAUCUUCAUCAUGCACUGCCUGCUGUCCAAACCGGUCAGGACGGAGUAUUACAAUCUGUUUGUCCGAAUGUGUCCACACAAGAAGAAAGCCGAACACAGAACCAGUACCAGCCAGACCAGCAGCAGUCAGAAACCUCUACGUAGCGACGGCAGCACAGCAGAGUCACAGAUAUAAAGCACUUGCCAUCUGCUGAUGGAUUUUGUACAAACUCUUCAACACAAGACGCAUGAAGAUAAAGCUUUAAUUCAGCAGUACACGUUCACAGGGGUUCAUCGUCAUCCGAUGAGUACUACAGAUGCUGGUUCAUCACACGUGAUAUGCAUCAUCUGUUACUGGAGACGGAGAUAUAGGCUUGUCGUAAUGCAUCCCAUAGGAACAGAUAUAAGUCAUCAUGCCAUUCUUUGAAUAGAGUAUUUAGGUUGCUUCUGUCUUCUGCUUUUCUUUGUUGUGCAAGUGGAAAAGUCUUACUUUUUAGAAGGAUACACUGUUUUAUAAUGCUAAAUGUUGUAUCGUGUUGAGGGAGAGCUUAGUUUGAUUAUGAUGAUUAAUUAAGUAAUUCUUUAGAAGCAAGGCCAUAACCAUCCUGAAAUACAUCCUGAUUUCUAGCUCACUAUUUCUUCCUCCAUUAUAAAGGAAUGUAAUGACUGAAACAACCAAAAGUUAUACUGUCAGUGACGUGUCUGUUUAUAUUAUAUUACAUUGGCAAAUAUGUCUUUUUAUAUGCAAUUUCAUAUAUGCAAACUUAAUUUUACUUCAUUUUCAUGAGGGGA